AGAAGGCAGAAGAAGAAAUGGAAGAAGAAAUGGAAGGAAGAAGAAAUGGGGCACAUCAUCUGGAGAAACGGGAGGAAAAAUGAAGGAAAUAGCGGAAUAUUAGUAUCUUUGAUUCUUUGGCUGAUUGGGAUGGCCAUGCCAACGGCAGUGGAACUUCUCUUCUCCCUAGCCCUGCUUCCCUGUAUUACUCUCUGUAUAUGUCUUCUUGUCCACCAUCUCAUCAGCAGGAACAAGUGCAGAACAGCCACUGGGAUCGUCCCGGCUGCAAAUUUUCCUCUCCCUCCAGGAAGAACUGGCUGGCCUAUCAUCGGCGAAAGCCUGGAUUAUUUUCUCAAGCUCAGGGACUGUGUCCCAGAACAGUUUGUGUCCGAAAGGAGAGACAGAUUCUCCACGAAAAUCUUCAGAACUUCGCUUCUGGGAGAAUCCAUGGCAGUCUUCUGCGGCGCAGAGGGGAACAAGUUUCUGUUCUCGAGCGAAAACAAGCUGGUCCAUCUAUGGUGGCCGAGCUCCAUCAACAAGAUAUUCCCAAAAUCGCGCGAGGAAUUCAUGAAGGAGGACUCGACAAAAGUGCGCAGAAUACUGCAGCCAUUCCUCAAGGCGGAUGCGCUUCAAAGAUGCAUAGGCACAAUGGAUUUGGCCAUGAAACAGCAUCUGAAGAUGGAUUGGGAUCGCGAUGAAGUUAAAGUUUCAUCGGCUGUCACCAAGUACACAUUCAUGCUGGCAUGUCGGCUGUUCUUAAGCAUCGAAGAUCCCAUAAAGAUUGAGAAACUUGGCAAGCCAUUUGGGGACAUAACUGCUGGGACUGUGUCAAUGGCUAUAAAUCUGCCUGGAACUGCUUUCAACCGGGCCAUAAAAGCGUCAAAGCUGAUGCGCAAGGAGCUGGAAGAUAUGAUCAAACAAAGAAAAAUGGAUCUUUUGGAGAAGACGACAUUGGCAACGCAGGAUUUACUGUCUUAUAUGUUGCUGGGGAACGAUGAGAAUGAUCAGUUCUUGACUGAAGCUGACAUCGCAAGCAAUAUUGUGGGUCUUCUUCAUGCCGGCACCCACACGCUCAACGUUGCUCUCACCUUCAUCAUGAUGUAUCUGGCUGAGCUUCCUGAUGUCUAUGAUCAGGUGCUUAGAGAGCAAAUGGGUAUAGCCAAGUCAAAAGAACCAAGCGAGAUGCUCAACUGGGAGGACAUAAGGAAGAUGAAAUACUCAUGGAAUGUUGCAAGUGAAGUGCUGAGACUGAGGCCCCCAUCUUUCGGAACAUUCAGAGAGGCCAUUACUGACUUCACCUACGCCGGCUAUCUCAUUCCCAAAGGAUGGAAGCUACAUUUGAUAGCACAAUCCACGCACAAGAAUCCGGAGUACUUCCCGAAUCCGGAGAAGUUUGAUCCAGCAAGGUUCGAAGGAAAUGGACCGCCCCCAUUCACAUUUGUGCCUUUUGGAGGGGGACCUCGAAUGUGCCCCGGGAACGAAUACGCCCGGCUAUUGAUACUAGUGUUCAUGCACAAUGUGGUGACAAAGUUCAGGUGGGAGAAGGUGAUUCCUAAUGAGAGAGUUGUCAUUGAUCCUCUUCCAAGGCCAACUCGAGGACUUCCAAUCCGGCUCCAUCCUCACAAGUUUCUGCUCUAGUUACGCCUUUUUCGGUUUCUUUUUUUCUUUUUCUUUUUUUUUUUUGGGUUUGUCUCCUUUUAAUUUUCAUCGCGUGGGGCUCGUAAUUACAUAAAUAAAUGGUAAUGGCGGUACAUUAUCCUAUAUAAGUUUUUAUGUUCAAUGUGACUACCACAUUUUCCA